CGAAAAUUCCAAACUCCACACUCUCUUUGACGGAAAGGAAAACGAGCCAACAGACGAGGCGCUGCGGGAAACCGUCGUUGCUCCUUCCGCCGCUUCCUCGGCUCUUCGCCGCGCUUUCCCCCCUCCACCGCCUCUCUCUCUCUCUCCUCCCCGCGGCAACCGAUCCGGCCCGACCCGGCUCGCGAUGCGGUGGAGGCCGCGCAAGCUGGGGCUCUGGGCCGCCCUCCUCGCCGCGGUGGCCCUGCUGGCCGUCGGCGGCGGAGGCGGGGUGGCGGCCGCGGCGGGGGCGGAGGAGGCCUACGUGACGCUGCUCUACGGGGACGAGUUCGUCCUGGGCGUGCGCGUCCUCGGGAAGUCCAUCCGCGAUAUGGGCACCCGCCGGGACCUUGUCGUGCUCGUCUCCGACGGCGUCUCCGACUACUCUCGGAAGCUCCUCGAGGCUGACGGUUUUAUAGUGAAGCAUAUAAUAUUGCUGGCGAAUCCUAAUCAAGUGAGGCCAACAAGGUUUUGGGGUGUGUAUACCAAAUUGAAAAUAUUCAACAUGACUACCUAUAGAAAAGUUGUUUAUCUUGACGCAGACACCGUUGUAGUGAAAAGUAUCGAGGAUCUUUUCAACUGUGGAAAGUUCUGUGCAAACUUGAAACAUUCUGAGAGAAUGAAUUCUGGAGUAAUGGUUGUUGAGCCAUCUGAAACUCUUUUCAAGGAUAUGAUGAGCAAAGUUGACAGCUUACCUUCUUACACGGGAGGAGAUCAAGGUUUUCUCAAUUCUUAUUAUGCUGAGUUUGCCAAUUCCCGUGUUUUUGAUCCCAAUAAACCUUUAACGCCUGAACCUGAGACGCAACGCCUCUCCACGUUGUACAAUGCUGAUGUCGGUCUUUACAUGCUUGCGAAUAAGUGGAUGGUCGAUGAGAAAGAACUUAGGGUUAUUCACUACACACUUGGACCUCUUAAGCCGUGGGACUGGUGGACAGCUUGGCUUGUUAAACCAGUAGCUGUAUGGCAGGAUGUUAGGCAAAAUCUUGAAGAAUCUCUUCCUGGAACUGGUGGAGGGAAAAACCCUCAUGACCAGUUGGUGGUCAAAAUUCUCUUCAUUCUUCCCUUUUGCAUGCUGUUAUGUGGUUAUUAUGGGUCAUGCUUUCAGACUAAUAAGGAGCUGUUGAGUAUGAGAACUCUGUGUGCUUUUGCUAGACAAGCUCGCUAUAAAUACAAAUCUGAAGAGGCACUUCCAUCUUAUUCAACAGUUGGAGUGGCUUCAUCUUCCUUUGGUAUAUCAAAUCAAAAGUUAUCUACUGGAGCACAUCUGAAGUUGCCUUCUUAUUUUGGUGCAAUCGCUGUGGUAGUCUGUUUCAUUUGUGCAUUGAUAUCUCUUGCAUUUGCCUUCCUUGUUAUUCCACGGCAAGUGAUGCCAUGGACGGGUUUGCUGCUGAUGUUCGAGUGGACCUUUGUGACAUUCUUUUUGUUGUUCGGGGGCUACCUUCGUUUUGUAUACAAAUGGGGAAGUUUUAGUGCAAAUCAUGCUGGGUAUGGCAGUUUGGAUUCAUCGGAGAAUCAUACUGGCACAGGCCAUCAGGGGAAUACGUCUGAUUGUGACACAGCUUCAGCUUUCUAUUGGAUGGGGAUGGCUACCAUCUCUACGAUAGCACCAUUAUCACCAACCGUCCUCGGCAUAACUGCCAUUUUUGCAAAACUUGGGUUGAUGGUAGCGGGUGGUGUGGUGCUGGCGUCAUUUAUGACAUACGCUUCGGAGCAUCUGGCUGUGUCUGCCUUUGUCAAGGGUCAAAGAGGUAGAUCGAAAAUACCCGAGAGGUAGAAGCAAUUUUUUUGUAUUAUGUGUUCCAUGUGCCCAUGUUGUAUCAUAAGUCUGUAAACACAAUGUUCUAUAUGAUUCAUUUAUUAGUAGAAAAAUGCCCAGGAAA